AUGAUAGAACAAUCUAUUGAUAAACUUACAAAUGCAACGAAACUUACAUUUUGUAAAUAUUUUGAAGUACCACGUGAUUUCAAUGUAGUUGAUUUAAAUCACCUUUUUCCAUUGCAAAAAAUUACUAGAUUAUCCAUAAAAUGUCAUCGUUUUUCUUUUGAAAAAUUAAUUCAACUUUUACAAUUUACAUCAAAUGCCCAUACAUUGAAACUUGACUCACUACUACUUUAUCGAAAUAACCCGGAUUUAAUUCAACAAAAUCGAUUAACUCAAUUAGUAUCCGAAACAAAUAUGAUAACAAAAGUAACAAUUAAUAAAGAAAUCACAUUAGAAAAAAUUCAAUUAUUAACUGCUGUUUUUCGUCGAAUGGAAAAUCUUACUAUUAACUUAUUCAAACAAGAUUUAGAACCUAUAGCUCAUUUUUUAUUGUCAAAACCUAAUAACAAUACUCGCUAUUUAUCUUCAUUGUGUAUUACAAAACAACGUAAUGAUCUGAUGAUAACAUUGAAAAAUUUAAUUGAAUCAAAACGACUUCUUCGUGAUUAUAUUCUAAAACUUAUUAAUCGAAAAUUAAACACUCGAACAGCAUCUGAUAUUGUUCUUACUGGAACACGUGUCCCAUGUCUUCAAUGUUCACGACAGCCACAUCAAAUUUUAACUGAUUUUCGCUCAUUCUACUAUGAUACAGCUUUAUCAUCGACUAUUCCUCAACUUAUGGCAUUAUUGGAAUUUGAUGAUCCAUGUAAAAUUCUAUUCGACAGUGAUGUACCUUAUACUCCUCUUCCUGUAGUCAUUAAUGUUACAAAAAAGCUUGAUUCAUUAUAG